AUGAAACAAAUGACCUCCUCCAUGAGAUCAUCAAAGUCAUUUUCUCGACUUUUGAGAAGAAGUAGCGCCAAUACUUCCCCUGGAUCUUCUGAACCAUCCUCUCCAAUCAGCUUCGCCGCCGGCUUUUCACAUUUGAGCUCAGUGACAUCUUCGCCAAACUUGCUAGCUCUACCUAAAGACACCAAGAAUGGCACUAUGGUUAAAUCGAUCAGCAGUCAAUCUCUAUUGGGAGGAAAACUAGAAAACUUGGUCCGACGACGUAAUUCAUCUGUGAGUGCUAAUAGUCAACCUGGCUCGCCUGGCGAAGGUAGUGAAAGUCUUAGUCGAUCUGGUUCAUUACGUAGUGUUAAUACGCAAAGAAUUAGUUGUUUACCAACUAGUACAAGAAGACCAAGUGCACCGAAUACUAGUCUACCUGGCACACCAAUCAGCUCUAACCCACCCAAAUUGACUGUCACUAAACUAUCUGGCAAGAACUUUUGGUCCAAAAUCUACAAGUCAUUCAAGACACUCUUAUGUAAUCUCUUUGGCAAUACAGUAUGUCAAUGGUUCAAGUCACAGAAAAAGCAACAAGCAUAUGCUAUCGCUAAAUCAUAUGCUAUUGCUUAUGAAACAGAAGUUAUUCUUGCGCCUACAACAAAGAGAUUGUCUGAUGGUGAUAAGCCGGCCAAUGUACCACACUGGAUGACAGUAGCUAACGAGAAGAAUAGCAUGUUGAAGAUGACGUUGCUGAGGACGGCACAAGGCGCAAAAGCUAAAACUAAGAAAAUUGUGCACGCUUCAAGGCGAAUGAGUCUGUUUUAG